AUGAAGGGAUAUCGUGUUAAAAUCGACGAACGAGAUUUAGCGAUGGAUGGAAGUUAUGUGGAAGAGUUGCAGAAGAUUAUGGGUGGGAGGAGAGAGAAAGAGAAAAAUAAUGUAGAAUUGAAUAUGAGUUUACCAAAAGUGUAUGUGAAUGGAAAGUAUGUAGGAGGAGUUGAAGAAAUUCGACGAUUGCAUGAAAAUGGAGAGUUGAAGAAGAUGAUACAAGGAUUACCAGUAGCUGAUGAUGGAGGUGUAUGUGGGAUGUGUGGUGGAUUUAGAUAUGUUGUAUGUGAAUGGUGUGAUGGAAGUCAUAGAGUUUUUGUAGAUGAUAAGUAUGGGUUUAAGAGUUGUUCUUUGUGUAAUGUUAAUGGGUUGAUUCACUGCAGAAAUUGUACUACUGUUGUGUUUUGA